AUGGCGAAUAACACCUCCAUAAUUGGUGAUUUGAAACAUCCAAAAAAUGAUCAUCAGAUUAUUAUUGUCCAGAUCCUGGUGAUCAUUUUUCUUUGGAUCAACAUGUUGCUGAUUGUAACCUUUUUGAAAACAAAGUCUUUUCACACGAGCGCUCGCUACCUCUUAUUUGCUCUAAUGCUGCUUUCAGACAGUUUUUUGUUAGUCCUGUCUGAUAUUCUGCUGCUUUUAACAGCGUUGAGGGUGCCCAUGCCAGUUUGGUUGUGUAUUAUUGUGUUUUUUGUUGUCCUUCUGUACAAUAUGGUCACACCAAUCACUCUGGCAGCAAUGACCCUGGAGCGAUAUGUGGCGAUCUGCAUGCCCCUGCGUCACGCAGAGCUGUGCUCCACUCGCAGCACGGUGCACUGCAUCCUCAUCAUUCAUGGAAUCAGCUCUGUUCCCAGCAUCGCCAUCCUCUCUGUGUUUUUUGCAUCAGCUUCUACAAAUGUUUACAAGCAAAACAUGGUUUGUUCAGUGGAAAUAUUUAUAUUGUACCCAUGGCACAACCAUCUUAGAUCGACUAUAAGUCAGUUUUUCUUUUUUAUUAUGUGCAUUAUCAUUAUUUUCUCCUAUUACAAAAUAAUGAAGGUAGCCAAAGCUGCAUCAGGAGAGAAUAAAAAGUCAACUCUAAGAGGCCUCACCACUGUGAUUCUUCAUGCUUUCCAGCUGUUGUUGUGUCUCAUCCAACUGUGGAGUCCCUUCAUAGAAGCUGCUGCUCUCCAAAUUGAUCUACGUCUUUAUGCUGUCGUCAGAUACUGUAAUUAUGUCAUUUUUGUCCUGGCUUCUCGAUGUUUGAGUCCUCUCAUUUACGGCCUCAGGGAUGAGACUUUUUUUCUUGCUUUGAAAAGGUUCUACCGGUCCUAG